AUGACGACGUUUGACGAGAGACCCAACCCGUCGAUCGCGCUGCGCGAACAGCAUCGCCAGAUUUGCCGUGCCCUUAACAUCGACGCCAACACCGAGGGCCGGUCGUGGGACUCGUUUGAGAAGACCCGGGCCAAGUACGACCUCACGGGAAACCCGGCCCAUUGGAUGUGCUGUUCACUGUACGUCGCGUGCCUGCAGGAAAUUCGUCCGGCGGUAGGAAAUCCUGACCAUUUCAUUCGCGGUAAUGGCGUACACAUAAACAACCUGUUGAAGGAGUGCGGCAUCAACAUUCGAAUGUUUUUUGACAAAAUUAACGAGUGGUCCUCCAUCACGUCACUACCGGCGCGACUGAAGGCGACGAUCGAUAAUCUGCAGCACGAGUUCCGGGUGACGAUGACCGCGUACUAUGCGUUCCUGGAGGAUUUUCCGCGCUUUUUCAAUGCAUCCGCCAUCACGCCGGAUGAGCCGAAGCGUAACAAGAAGGCAAAACCGAAUCCCUGCUCCUACAAUCGGCUACGCGAGUUCACCUGGGUGUUGUUCCUGUGCGUGAAGGAGCAGUACCAAGAGCAGCGACGCGACCGCACCACGGCCAUCAACCUGUCCGUGUGUGUGCUGGAUAUGAUCUUUCGUAAUGUGGUGGCCGAAGGGCGGUUGGAGUUGCUCAAUGCCGCCAUGUUGCCUCAGCUUGGCGGAGACGGAUCGGGCGACACAUCGCCACAUGGGGGUGGUGCGGCGGCCAUGGUGGAAGCGUGCAAGAAAGUGCGCAUCGCGGCCCUGCUAUGUAGCGAGUAUCAAACGACGGUUGAAAGUGUAGCGGAAACGAAUCGGACCAUCUUUGUGCCGGUGCUCCUGAGCAUGUUCGAAACGAAGGAUUUGUGCGGCACGUACAUCGCAGCAAUCGGGGCUGAGCAGUUCCUCAACCUGCUGACGGUGGGGAACUUUGAUGAGAAUCUGAAGUCGCUCAACCGCCGCUACGAGCGCUACUUUUUGCGGUGCGGAAUGCUGGACGAGCGGAUCGUGUUGAGUGCGAUCAGCAGUCCCAGUCAGCGGCAGCGCUGGAGUGUUGGCCAUCCGCGUACACCGUUGAGCAUGCGGGCACGGAGCGCAGGAACGAUGGCGCUCGUCGACGGAAGUAGCGCACGGGCAUUUCCGGGCGGUGUCGUGUCGGAUGCUUCCGUGGGCAUUGGUGGGUCGGGUACUGGCUGUAAUACGCACGUGCUGCGCGGUACUCUCAAUCAGCUGAACGCGAAAAUCCACUGCUACGGGCCGGGCGGAAUGUCGGAAAAGUUUCUAAAUCUGAUGAGAAACUGUGUCGGUUCCAACCCACUGCAGAUCGUGGUGAACCGGCUGGCGGAGAUGCGCGACCGGUUCGUGCAGAAGCUGACGGAGGAGACGUGGUACACACGCAGCUCGCACGCACGGUUCGACGCUAUUGAGGCCCUGUACUACCUUCUGCUGGAGAACAUCAUCCCUUGGGAGCUGCGGAAGCGUUCGACACUUCCGACGUCGAAGGUGAUCUACGAUAUGUGUGCGAGCGAUCUAUUCAACGAGACCGUGAUCGUGGGCGCGGCCGAGAUUAUUUUCCAUCUGCGCCAGCAGCACAGCAAGUUCCCGUGGAUACUGACCGUGUUCGAUAUGCAGCCGUUCGAUUUCUAUCGCAUCAUCGAGCCAACGGUGAUGGCCAACGGUGACCUUCUUACGACCGACAUCGUCAAUCACCUUCGCCGGAUCGAAGAGCAAAUGCUUGAUUCGAGCUGCUUUGCCCGCAGCUCAAAGCUUUGGCCAACGAUGGAGAAGGAAAACUAUCAGAUCCCGCAGUACAAGGACGUGGAGCCAAGCUCCCAGAUUGCCGGUAUCACACCGCUGAAGGGUGAUUCGGUGCCGAACACUGCAAACGGUGCUGCCAGAGACGGCCGGAUGAUCGGUGGGGCAGGUGUUGCGGUGUCCGCGUCGGCCAUGGGGACCGGUUGUUCGUCGAAUAUCACUCCCGCGAAUACCGGUCGCCAGGUGCCGCCUCCGGAUUCGGCAAAGAAAAAACUUUCCUUUGACGCUCCUUCAACGGCCACAAAACAAACGGCGGCAGCACCGCCAUCGACGGCAGGACCCACGGCUGAGAAAAUGAUGGGUUCGUCGCCCUCUCCGUCACCGUCCAAGGCGGAUGCACCACCCAGUGCACCACGAGGACACUCGGCCAACGGCAGCAGCGAUUCCACUGAAGACCACUCAUCAAAUUCCUCACCUUCGCGCGGGAACGGAGCCCCGACGACGCCCGAUACCCGUGCGUUGAAUUUCUUCUUCCGAAAGGUCUAUUUGGUGGCGCUCGCCCGCCUAAAGGAUCUCUGCCACAAACUCGGGCUAGAAUCGCCGAGAACACAGACGCUCAUUUGGACGAUCUUCGAGUACACCGUCACAACGUGUGCGAAGGAGCUGGUGCGUGAUCGGCACCUCGAUCAGCUGCUGAUGUGCGCGAUCUUCGUUACGACCCGCAUCAUGAAGCUGCCGAACAAGUUCAAGGACAUAAUGUCUUGCUACCUUGACCAACCGCAAGCCAACAGUUCCAUCUAUCGGAGCGUUUUCAUACGCUACAAUGAGCAUACGGAGCAGAUGCAAGUAGAAGCGCAGGACGCUGAGGAACGGGUACCCACUUCGUCGGUGGCCGGCACGUCCCACGAUUACGACCGCGAGGAAUACGGCGAUAUAAUCAAAUUUUACAACGACAUCUACGUGAAGAUUGUGCACCCGUUUGUCAUGAAGUACACUGAUCCGUACAUCAACACGGAUAUGGAGGCGCUGUUUCUUUCACCAAUGCCGAAAACGCAGCCGCGAAACAUUCAGAAGUCGCCCCGUCAAAUCAGUGCCAACAUCAAACUGUACGUGUCCACCACCGACAAGAGUGGUGGGGUGAUGGACUCGCCCAACGUUCACACGUACACCUUCCAGCAGAGCCCUGCGAAGGACCUUGAAAUUAUUAACUCGAAAGUGCGUGGAUCGGACGAAACCUGUGUACGCAGUUUGAACCAGCCGACUUCCUUCAAUGAUCAUUCGGCGCCGAAGGUUCGCCGUCUCAACAAGAUCCACCAGGAUCGCCAGGAGCAGGAUAAGGACUAG